AUGUUUGGGAAACAAGACAAAAUGGACGUUAGAUGCAGUUCAGAGACUGAAGCUAACCGGGUCUCGAAGAACGGACAUAAAGAGGGCAAGGAAAGCAAAGGGUCUGAAGGAAAUAUUUCUACUUCUUUUUUGAAGGAUCAGCAAGGGACUUUUUCUGCCUCUGCAGCUACGGAAGAUUGUAAUAAAAGUAAAUCUAGUUCGGCUGAUCCGGACUAUUGCAGGAGGAUCCUAGUUAGAGAUGCCAAAGGUUCAAUCAGAGAGAUUAUUCUGCCUAAGGGGCUUGAUCUGGACCGUCCCAAGCGGACCCGCACCUCCUUCACGGCCGAGCAGCUCUACCGCCUGGAGAUGGAGUUCCAGCGCUGCCAGUACGUCGUGGGGCGGGAGCGCACCGAGCUCGCCCGCCAGCUCAAUCUCUCCGAGACUCAGGUCAAGGUCUGGUUCCAGAACCGUCGCACCAAGCAGAAAAAGGACCAGGGCAAGGACUCGGAGCUGCGGUCGGUGGUGUCGGAGACCGCCGCCACCUGCAGCGUCCUGCGGCUGCUGGAGCAAGGCCGGCUGCUCUCCCCGCCGGGGCUGCCCGCCCUCCUGCCGCCCUGCGCCACCGGAGCCCUGGGCUCGGCCCUGCGGGGACCCGGCAGCUCGGCGGCGGCGGCGGCGGGUCCCACCGGCGGGUCCCCGCACCCUCCGGCCGCCAGCAGCGCGGCGGGACCCCCCCCGCCGGCCGCGCUGCACGGAGCGGCCGCCGCCGGGCACGGGCUGUUCGGGCUGCCGGUGCCCGCCCUGCUGGGCUCGGUGGCCGGGCGACUGUCCUCCGCGCCCUUGGCGGUGGCCGGCUCGCUGGCGGGCAACUUGCAGGAACUGUCGGCCCGCUACCUGAGCUCGUCCGCCUUCGAGCCCUACUCCCGGACCAACAAUAAAGAAAGCGCUGAGAAAAAAGCACUGGACUGA